UUGUGCCGUGAAGAGAAAAAAAAUUCGUAAUCGUACGUGAAAACAACACUUUAACUGUAAAAACUUUGAAGGUAGCAGCACAGAGAUGGAUGCUACAGCGCUCCUGAUGUUUUCAAGACAAGGUUACGCUGCAGUGGUUUUAGAUUGCCUCUUGUCACAGGGUGAUGAAGGGUCGACACCUAGUUCUGGAACAGAGAAGGAAAUAUUUCCAUGAAUUAUAAAUUUGUGACCUGUAAUCAUUGGCUCACCAGCCUGGAUUCCUGACUUCUAUGCCAAAACAUUUCUGAAAUGAAAGUGACACCAAAAAUAGUGGGAUAAAAAAAAACUUGUUACAUUUUAUUUUAAGCAAAACUUUUAUGCUGUUUCAAAAUACUUAUCUUCUUAAAGGAACCUUGAAAAGUGCAUAUUGAAGGAUAUCAGCCAUUUUUGUUGGUUUUCUGAAUAGUCUUGAGGAUCCUUAUGAAACCGCUAAUGCAGCCUUUUGUUAAAGGAUUAGUUACUCAUGUCAUACAUCCUUAAGGAGUUUGUAAUAUCUUUUUGUAGAAAUGUAGCGCUAGUCUGUUACUUGUUAGCCAACUGUUGUUCCUUUUACUUGAGUUUAUCCAUUACUGUUCUUGAAUGUAUGAAAAAUGUAAUUGCCUGAAAAUAAAAUUAGAAAAAAAUAAUUGCAAGCAAAUAAAUGACUGCCAAAAAAGUAUUUCUGUGUCUAUACACUGGUGUCGACAGAAUUAGAAUAUCGUUGCUAGUUUCUCACUGAAUUAACUCUUGAAACUAAAGAAUCCUUUUGUUAAGGCUCCAUCUAUAAAGAAUACAUCCUUACUAGUCGGAAAAACAGCAGAAAAAAAUAUUUUAGGCUUGUUAGAUUUUAUAAGAUUAGGUGUUUCAUUUCUCGAUUCAUAUUAAUUAUAACUGGUAGGUUAAAAUCAAGUUUCUGAAUCUUGGCUUCACCUACUACUUGUAUGUUUAAACUGAAAGGCAAGAUGGAAGCAUUGAAACAUAUCAAGUACCCAUAUAAUUAUGGUUGUGAAAUACUUAGUGUGUGUGUUUGUUUAAUUAAAGUAUUUGUGCAUGAUAACCCUAUUGAAGAUAUUUAUUAUAUUCUGGAAUGAUUGUAAAUGUGCAUAAAAUGAAGAAAUUAUAUCCAAAAUUUACUUUUUAUUUUGUCUUGUAAGCCAAACAAUGUGCGUAGGUUAUCAAAUUAUUAUGUGACAGUUCAGGUGGAAUUUGCAGGAUGGGAAGAUUGCAGCGUAAACGGAAGAGGAAAUGGAAGAAGGGUGUUGUCGAAGAUGGUGACAGCGUGUGCAGUAAGUUAGUUCAGUGGAUGGGUGAAAAGGAUUGUGCCCUGCCAGACAAUAUUCGGUGGGCAUACUUCAAUGACACUGGUAGGGGCCUGUUCUCUACCACGUACCUUCAAAAAGACAGCUUGCUCAUCAGGCUGCCGAAGCGUUUGUUGAUAACCGUUCACACGGUGCUGCAGUCGUGCAUUGGGAACUGGUUCUGCCGUGCGGAUCACAGCCAGGCUUUCAGCAACCAGCAAGUUCUCGCUGCAUUCAUUACUUGGGAAAGGCAUUUGGGGCACGAGUCCCGGUGGGAUGCUUACAUCAGAUCUCUUCCUAGAGAGUACACGACUCCACUGAUGCUGUCCGGGCGGGAGAAAGCAGCUCUCCCGACAUAUCUGCGUGAUGGGGUGCAUGUGCAGGAGCGGAUGGUCGUGGAGGCUUACAAGCAGUUGGUCUCCACAAUCGGAAAGCGCAGCUUGUGCGAGCAUUGCGGGAAAUCAUUGCUGGCAGAUGUGUUCAGUUUCCCAUCGUUCCAGUGGGCGUGGAACACCGUGAACACGCGAGCCGUGUACGUAAAGCCGACGACGAGUGCCGUCAAGCUCAGGGACGAAAACACGCUGGCACUCGCUCCAUUCCUGGACUUGUUCAACCACUCGUGUCUCACAAAUACGACAGUGGAGGAAACGGCCGAGGCGUACUGCCUAUUUAGCUCGGGCGAGUGGCAGCCCAACAGCCAGGUUUUCAUCAGCUACGGCCCACAUUCCAAUUGCAAGCUCUACUUGGAGUAUGGGUUCGUGGUCCGCAGCAACCCUCACGAUGUGGUCCCCGUAACUGCUGAGGAAGUAGACCAGGUUGUGAACAGCAUCUGUGAAGUAACUAGCAAAACAUUUUGUAAGGCAAGAAAUGAAUUGAUACAACAAAACAGGCUUACUGAAAAUUUGUGUUUUUCAAAUGAAGGUCCUUCAUUUACCUUGCAAGCAUACAUUUUUUUGAGAGCAGCAUGUGGUUUUGACAAAAAUUUAUUCCAACAAAAAAUAUUUGCAUAUGAAUUUACUGAAGUAGAAAGAGACAUAAUCAAUAAAAUCAUCCUGGGUCUACUUUGUGAUAAAAUUGAAGAUUAUCAGCAGCAAGUAAGCUCUAUGUCUCAACUGAGCCCAUGUUCUGAAAGUUUUGGGUUAGCUAGGACUUUAGUGAAAUAUCAUUUGGAACUGUUGGAGUGUAUCCAUAAAAAAUUAUUUAUGGUAAAAUAAAUUUUAUUAUGUCUGAGAAUAAUUUGUUUAGAAAAAAAAUAUUUUGAAAAUUUCUUUUUUUUAAUAUUUCAUAUUUUUCUAUGUGUGAUAACUGCAUAAAAAUUAAUAUUAUAAGAUUUUUUUUACUUUCCUUUGAGGAACUUGAAAUUCUGCUAAAGAAACAUACCAGAAACAUUACUCACUACAUCAAGGAAUUUUUUUCCAGCUGUCAGAAAGAUUCAGUGAAGAAGGUGGAGGUCAUUUCAAAAAUUAAGAUUUUCUUGAUCUUUUCUAACACAACCAUGACUUCCGUUUAGAUGUACCUAGCAUGGUUAAUUUUUUUCUGGCUCCAUGGAAAAUUUGUGUGAAGUGGUUGGUGGUACUGUCAUUUAGUUAAUGUACGGUUGCUUAAGAGAGACAAUGAGUGUAUAAAUUAUUUUUAGAAAAAAAAUUUUUAAUCAAUAUUA